UAGUGAGAGUCCAAAAGACCACUAUUUAAAAUGCUUUUGUUUUGCAUUUGUGUCUUCUCAGACUUUUGGACCUCAUUGCUUUUCUUUUAAAGGCCAAGAUUUUUGCAGCACGCACUACCAACCAACAAAGAAAAACAUUGCGUAAGUGUCAGAAAUCUCAGUCUUCCACAUGAUUUGACAGCAGGUCCUCUAGUGGGUUACCUAACCACCAUCUCUGAGCUCAUGGAGAGAUACAACGACCCCACGGUAUGACCCCUGGGCCUAAACACGUAUGUCAAAUCCAUAGACUGUCUUAAUCCUGUUGAUGGAUUAGAGCGAUGUUCUGAUCCUAUGCCGGUGAGACGGGCCGACGUAGGUUCAUUCAUUCAGCCAAUCAGAGAAUGAGCAGCAGUCAGUUAAUGCCACUGUGUACGUGUACAUGUGUGAGUCCUAUCUCGUACUCUCAUUCAUUCAAGAACAGCAGAACAGAGAGGAGGACGACACUUGGACAGCCAUCCUGAACCUUCCAAAAUACAGUUCCUCCAGAUACGUAUUCAACUGUCUCCCGGCAUGCUUUCCCUAUUUAAAAUCUUCUCUUUGAUGAACUGCCUGUUACUCCUGACUGUGAUGUUUCCGGCGGUCCAGUCGCGUCGGGGCGGGGGCUUCGGCCGCGGCGGAGGUCGAGGCGGAGGAUGGGGCGGCAGCAGCUCCGGUCGUGCGGGAUGGGGAGGAGGCGCAGGGCAUUACCGUGCUCCACCCGUCCAUACCGCAGGCUCCUCGGGACACAGCACUGGGAAGGUAGCAGGGGCGGCUGCUGCCGGAGCUCUGGGAGGAAUGCUCGUCGGCCACGGCUUGAGCUCCAUGGCUCGACCCGGAUACGGGUACGGGCACGGGUAUGGAGGCUAUGGAGGAUAUGGAGGCUAUGGCGCUGGGUAUGGGCACGGACAUGGACACGGGCACGGGCAUGGAGGACAUGACAUCCAUAAUGAGACAGAUGUGGAUUACUACACAGGUGCUGCCAGUGCUGGACCCCUUAAUAGCUUCGUGACAGUCUUGGGACUCGUGAUGUCAUUCAUACUUGGGUACUUUCUGUCAUAAAGGCCACUUUUGGCAAUUCUUGGUCAUUCUUGGGCACCUUCUUGCAUCUGUCAAUAAAAAAUAGUCUAUCUAAAUAAAAAUGUGUGAUAGAUGCAGUGUUAAAAUAUGGACGAAAUGCAAUCAAACAGCGCUAUCAAGGAUUUCAUUACUACUGAGGCCUCUAUGCAUUAUUUCUGCCCAAGAAAUAUACCAUGUCCAUUUACAUUGUUUCCUGUGUUUUGGCUUGGAAGUGAAUUAUGAUGAGCACAAGCCUGAGUCAGAAGUUUGUACAUUAUUUAAACAUCAGAUUGAUGUUUAUUUUUUUUUAAUGAACAAUGUAGAUUUUUCAUGAUUUAGUUUCCCUGAAUAAUGGAAUUUUGUAUCAUUUAAAAUAUAUGAUGAAGAGCAGGUAGUUUAUCAUCUAAAGAGAUUUUCAGAGUAUCAUGGAUGUAUAUUUUUCUUGUAUAUUUUUCAUUGAUUGUUUAGUUCUCUACUGAUCCGUUAGAAACUUCUCAAUGUUUUAAUCUGUUUGUUCCUGCCGUUUACGUCAGCGAACAUUCAAAAUAAAACAAGGCUUACGGUUAAAUCACAUUAAACCAUUAUAAGCUUGACUAAGUGUGUCGGGUCGAGAGCAAAUCUUGUUAAAGGGCUCGGGCGUGCUCUUCCUCACUUCCCCGAUCUCUUUACCAAACAGCUGAUUGUCUUGAACCAAUAAGAUUUUAUUGCUUUCGCUUGUACACCUUCUUAGAUCUGUUUAUCAGUAUGUAUGUUUAUUUUUGUACUUCUAAAAUAAA